CAACGCCAGGCAGAUGUGCUGACCACUUGACGAGUACAGACACUUUCAACUUGCGUAGAAUCAAGUAUUUAGUGUUAGACGAUCGUCUGCUCGAAGACACAUUUGCAGCUGAUUUGGAAGUGAUAUUCUCCCAUGUGGCAGAAAAACGUCAAACUUUACUCUUCAGCGCAACUCUGAAUGAUACGAUCGAGGAGCUUCGUCAAAUCACGGCAACAGAUCCAUUUUGUUACAGUGUGCAGGAUAAGUUUAUUGUAUAACUACUACAAAAUACCAUUAUUGGUAGAGGAUCGAAAUUUGUAAAAAUUCCUCUAAAAUGCCCAACUAAAUAUGGGAAAAGCAAUUUUUUAAAGGCUGCCGCUCUUUGGUUGAAAAUUAUUUAGUUGUGUGAAGAAAUUGUGUUAUUUCUUAUUUUUUACUAGUUUUAAUUUGAAGCAAAAAAUCCCGGAAAUUUUCAGUAACAAAAGGUGGUCCAUAUGGUGGCAACCUAAAUUCACCCCCCACCAAAAAAAAACAAACAAAAACCUCCCCUAAUCACACACCCCUGCAUUAUUUUGCAAAGUGUCUAUUACUUAUACAACCCCAUGCUCACAAAAUGUUAUCUGCUCUGUAGGAUUGCAACAGUUGCCGAGCUAGACCAACGAUACCUCCUUAUACCAGACCAGGUCAAAGAUUGCUACAUGGUGUACAUUUUGCGCGAACAUGCCGAGAACAAAUCUGUCAUAGUCUUCACCAAGACUUGUCACAGUUGUCAAGUAUUGGCCGUCAUGUUUCGCAAAGUUGAACUCCCAUGUGUCACCUUACAUUCCCUAAUGUCCCAGUCUGAUUCUGAACGCCUGGCAUCCCUUGCGAAAUUCAAAACCGGAAUUGUGAAUAUUCUAGUUGCGACAGAUGUUGCGAGCAGGGGCCUGGAUAUACCGGAAGUCGAGUUAGUAUUGAAUACUAAUGUGCCACGAUCCCCGGAUGAUUACAUACACAGGGUCGGCAGGACAGCCCGUGGGGGCCUGGCACUAACGUUGCUAACCCAAUACGAUAUCAAAGCGUUGCAAAGUAUCGAGGAAAGGAUCGGGGUAAAGUUAGCUUCGUUUGAAACCACAGAAAAAGAAGUUCUGAGAUAUUUGAAAGGUGUUUCAGUUGCGAAACGUGAAGCGGAACUACGGGUCAGAGAUAGCGGAUUGUUUGAUAAGAGAAAUAUUCAUAAACAAAAACGGGCUAUCUUGGAAGGCAAAAUGGUCGGCAUAAAAGGAAAAAAGUUUAAAACAUGA